GUCAGCUGUAAAACCUGCUCUCGCGCUGGGGCGUCUCUACAAGUCCUGUGUCUGGCGUGUUGCGACUAAACCACUUUUACCUCCAAUUUUACCCGUUUUCUUUUACAUUUGAAGCUUUUAUUUAAUGACUUUACGUGUCUACAUUUAAGCCGCGGUGGCUCCGAGUGAAUGGGAUUGUAUUUGAGAAAGUUAUCGACGUGUUUUUUGAGAAAACCGGCGGGGGAGAUGGAGCUGCUAACUGUUAGCUCGAGUGAUUAGCCUAAAAUCACAGGUCAAGAAUAGGAUCAAGCUAACAUGCUAACGGCGAGCUAACUUAGCAUUUUGACGCUAAAUCAAGUGACUUUGUUAAGCUCUAACGUCGUAUACACUCUCACCUCCACUGGCAGGAUUGCUUGGACUAGUUUAUAAAGAAGAUAAACGCCUUAAAAGGAGAAAUAACUAGUUUGUAGCAUGUUAUCCAACGCGCAGAACCAGCAGCCGCUCUUUCCGAACCAAGCCGGGCAGCAGAACCAGGGAGGCGGGCAGCAGCAGCAGAACCCCUCGGCCCCUUUCAUGGCUUUCCACGCCAGACCCACUCUACAGAUAAAGAAGAAUGCCAUCACAGACGACUACAAGGUGACCAGCCAAGUCCUGGGACUCGGAAUCAACGGGAAAGUGUUGGAGAUAUUUCAGAAAAAGACGGGGGACAAGUAUGCGCUAAAGAUGCUUCAGGACUGCACCAAAGCCCGCAGAGAGGUGGAGCUCCACUGGAGGGCGUCGCCGUGCUCAAACAUCGUGAGAAUCAUCGACGUCUAUGAGAAUCUGUACCAGGGCCGAAAGUGUCUGCUCAUAGUCAUGGAGUGUAUGGACGGAGGGGAGCUGUUCAGUCGGAUCCAGGACAGAGGAGACCAGGCGUUCACAGAGAGAGAGGCGUCUGACAUAAUGAAAAGUAUCGGCGAAGCCAUUCAAUAUCUCCACGCAAUCAACAUCGCACACAGAGACGUCAAGCCAGAGAACCUGUUGUACUCGACCAAACGGCCCAACGCUCUCCUGAAGCUCACAGACUUCGGUUUCGCAAAAGAGACGACGUCACACAACUCUUUAGCCACGCCCUGCUACACCCCCUACUACGUUGCCCCUGAGGUCCUCGGUCCAGAGAAAUACGACAAAUCCUGUGACAUGUGGUCGUUGGGAGUCAUUAUGUAUAUUUUGUUAUGUGGAUAUCCCCCUUUUUAUUCAAACCACGGUUUAGCCAUUUCUCCGGGGAUGAAGAAGAGGAUCCGGAUGGGACAGUACGAGUUUCCCAAUCCCGAGUGGUCCGAUGUGUCUGAGGAAGCUAAACAGUUGAUCAGGACUCUGCUGAAGACUGAACCCACUCAGAGGAUGACCAUCACAGAGUUCAUGAACCACCCCUGGAUCAAUCAAUCGAUGGAGGUGCCACAGACGCCUCUCCACACCAGUCGAGUCCUGAAGGAGGAGAAGGAUGCAUGGGAGGACGUCAAGGAGGAGAUGACGAGUGCCUUGGCCACGAUGCGCGUCGACUACGAACAGAUCAAGAUUAAGACGAUCGAAGACUCGACAAACCCACUUUUAAACAAGCGCCGAAAGAAAGCAGGCAACCCCAUAGCAGAGGUGCAGGGGGAGGGCCAAUGAAACACCCCAAACACAUUUACACACAACAUGGAAGCAAUAACUGUCGCACUGCACCCAAUUUACUAUGUUUAUUUUUGUUUUGUUUGUAUCAUUUUAUUGAUCCCAGAAGUUUCUGAUUUUAAGAGAUUAUGAAAUUUACUUGUUAUUUUUCGUUUUGUUAUCAGGUUGUAAAGGUUUUAAAUGGGAUUUAAACUUUCAAAGCCUAGCCUUGUUUUAAUUUUUUAGUACUGCUUUAUAAUAACUACACCUUAAUUAGCGUUAAUAAGCUUGAACAAAGACGUAGUCGUAAUGAACAAAUGGUUUAUUCAGAUGAUCCAGGGUUAGGAACGACUUAAAGGGGUUAGGAGUUUAGGUUGGGUUACUAAAGGCGCUGUAGCAGUUAUUCCUCACUUAUUUUAUGAACUCUGAGCAGCUAAUGAUACGUUUAUAAGCGCUUUUCACAACUUUCAGAGACCAGAGUGGAGUUUUGCUGAUGACAACUAGCAUGCUAACGCCCACUUCUGUUUGUCAGACAUUAAAACGCCUUGUAAUUAGAUGCAGACAGCACACAGCGGACUUAUUUUGACCUCAAGAGCUGCUUAUGCAAUAUAUCUGUGCUGGAUUAACCCACGUUCUGCUCAAAUACCUGGUAAAAAAUCGUGUAGGUUGGGCCUUUAAGUAGUUACUAAGCCUGAAUCAUUGUUAAUACACUGUUUGUUCAUUAUGAAGUAAGUCUUUUUCAUGUUUAAUCAAGGCGUUUUAAGUGUAGUUAUUAUAACGUGUGUGUUUUAAAUGUUUUCGUAAAUUUUUAUGUCCCCUGUGAAUGUUUAUGAAUGGAAAAACGGCUAGAUCCCCAAAAUGAACGAGCGAGAUAAGGGAAAUUUAUUUUGUCAUAACAGAAGUCUAUGGAACAGAUUGAAUGUAAAAAAGAUCCAUUGUUUUCAAAUGAGCUUUUUCUGUCCUCGUGAAGCAGGGAUUGUCUAUAUAUAAAUGUAGGUUGUGAAUGUUAUGAAAUAGGCCUAUGCACAUACUACGGAAAGUGGCAUUUCUGGACACCUCACUCAUUUUCACCGAUGUUUUAGGUACAGUUUGAAUCAAAAUAUGUUUUCAAUGUAGCUUUAAUUAAAAGAGUAGCCCCAUGAUGUACUUCGAAGCCUUAUUUUAAGCGUUUAGUUUUUUAAAAAUUCACUGAAGAAUGUCUAUGCACGACGAGGACCUUUUUGCGAUGUCGGGGUACUGUACUGAACUAGCCUGGCUGUUCGUUUUCACAGCGAAUUAAACGGCAAAACAUAAACGAUUUUGUAAUUACUUGAAUUUACAAUUUGCAAUAUUGACGAGGUUAAAUGUAACUGCUUAUAUGCCCUACAGUUGUUAAAGCUGCGCUGGGUAACUUCUCCAGGUAUGGGAAUCGUAACAGCCACCGCCACCUGCUCGUCACCACGGAGAUGCCCUCGCGUUUCCCUGGAAUGUUCCACAGUACUGCUUUAAACUUACAGUAUUUAUUUAAUUACAUGUGUUUUUACUGCUCAAAAAUACCUUGGAAAAACACGCCUUCUUGCUGUGAGUUGCGUCGUCUCUCCGCAGAUCUGACCUGUAACUUGGUCUAAUUGCAUCACAGGUUUGUUCUCCAUAGAGGUAGAGAAGUUUAAUGCCAUAUUGUGGAACUUGUCUGUGUAAUCCCUCAGUCGUCCAGCUCUGAUUCAUAGUAAAAACAGUCAACUUUUUGUCCAGUUGACAGAUUUACUUUUGGUUUUUACAUAUGGUGGAAUGUUCUAAGCAGUAGCGUCUUCAUGGAGACAGUCAGGCGGGAAAAGUUACACAGUGCAGCUUUAACCAGUCUAUGUGGGUAGAGAUUUCUGAUGCAUUUAAUUGUAAAAGUAAAAGUGUACAGCUCAAAUUGGUAGCAAGUUCGGUAGAGAGCGAAAUAAAACCAUAAAUAGUUACCAAAUCUCUUAAGACAUCAUAGUGAAAAAAAGUAAAUGCUAGGCUAGUGAUCGCCAUAUAAAGGUAUUAUAUGCACGUGGGUUAGCUGUAGCGCCCCCUGGGGACAAACUGGCAGACUUUUUAAGCUCUAUUUUUUGUUUGUCAUUUUUUGCAUAUAUUAUUUUUGUUACCGUUGUCCCAUUGCCCUGUAAUAAGGCCAGGCAGAACCCCCUCCCCUUCAUAUAAUAGGUCUGUAUUAUUCUAGACAGCACCCCAAUACUUGUUGUAGUAGCAUAGGGAGUAGAAAGUACGUACAAAACCACACCAGCAGCUGUCUAUUCAAUUUAAUCCAUCAGUUUGAAUCAUUUUAUUUCUCCACAGGCACAAAAACAUGACUCCUCCCCUCUCUCACUCACACACAAGCACACACACACACACACACACACACACAAGGGAUCAUGGGUAAUGUAGUUCACCAUGUAAACUCACUUGUACACUGUAAAAUGUUCAUUAAAUGUUUGUACUUUUCAGUUUAA